UUGCGUGACGGGAAGAAGAGCCUGGGGCUCCUGUUCCCGACCGGGGCGGCUUCAUCGCCGGACCGGGAGCUGCCACGUCUGAGAACCGCCGGUAGCAGCCGCAGGAGCCUGUCCCGUCCCGCCGCCAGAGCAGCGUUAGUGCCGCCGCCAUGGUGUCAGUAAUUAACACUGUGGACACCUCUCAUGAGGACAUGAUUCAUGAUGCUCAGAUGGAUUAUUAUGGUACUCGAUUAGCAACCUGCUCCUCUGACAGAUCUGUAAAAAUCUUUGAUGUAAGGAAUGGAGGGCAGAUCCUCAUAGCUGACCUGAGAGGCCAUGAAGGUCCUGUGUGGCAGGUUGCGUGGGCUCACCCCAUGUAUGGAAAUAUUCUGGCCUCGUGUUCCUACGACAGGAAAGUUAUUGUCUGGAAGGAAGAAAAUGGCACUUGGGAAAAGACAUAUGAGUACACUGGGCAUGACUCCUCGGUGAAUUCCGUCUGCUGGGCACCACAUGACUAUGGCUUGAUCCUGGCCUGCGGGAGCUCUGAUGGGGCCAUUUCAUUGUUGAGCUACACCGGCGAUGGGCAGUGGGAAAUCAAAAAGAUCAGCAAUGCACAUACUAUCGGCUGUAAUGCUGUUAGCUGGGCCCCUGCAGUUGUACCAGGAAGCCUUAUAGACCAGCCAUCUGGCCAAAAACCAAAUUACAUCAAAAGAUUUGCAUCGGGUGGCUGUGACAACCUCAUCAAGAUUUGGAAAGAGGAAGAUGGCCAGUGGAAGGAAGAACAGAAGCUGGAGGCUCACAGUGACUGGGUCCGAGAUGUAGCCUGGGCUCCCUCCAUAGGUUUGCCAACAAGUACCAUUGCCAGCUGUUCACAGGAUGGCAGAGUGUUCAUCUGGACAUGCGACGAUGCCUCUGGAAAUUCAUGGUCACCAAAAUUGCUGCACAAGUUCAAUGAUGUAGUCUGGCACGUUAGCUGGUCUAUUACUGCAAACAUUCUUGCUGUGUCAGGAGGAGACAAUAAAGUCACUUUAUGGAAGGAAUCAGUAGACGGACUAUGGGUGUGCAUCAGCGAUGUGAAUAAGGGCCAAGGAGCAGUGUCUGCUAUUACAGAGGGUCAGCAGAACGAACAGUGACAGAUGGAUUUAAUAACACUCUAGUUGCAAUGCAAGGAGAUUAAUCACUUAACAUGAUUUAUAUGAUCCUUCUAGAUAUAUGAAAAUCUGAUGAACAUCCUGUAACCAUUUAUGGUAAAAGCUACAAACACAGUAUUGAUCAUCAGCCUUAAUGUCAGUUUUCUGAAAUUGAAGAUGAACUGUAUAGCAAAGUACUGUGUCCUGUGCUGUUCCUUUCUGAUGCGAAUUCAGAACCUCCCUUUCCCU